AGUCAGGAUGAGCUCUGCCCUGAGAUCUGGUGGUGAAUUGUGGUUCCCUUUCACAUUCAGGAUUCUGGAGCCAGGUGCCUCUGGAGGAAUGUGGAGCGUGAGAGGUCUAAGCUGUCUCCUGGCCAUUCGGCUGCUGCCACUGCUGGAAGCUUGUGAGCAGCCAAUGAAAUCUCCCCGCAUUGUGGGGGGUCAUGAUGCUAAGAAUGGGUCCUGGCCCUGGCAGGUCAGCAUCCGUCAAGGCAGCAACCAUAUCUGCGGAGGGUCCCUCAUUGCUGAGAGCUGGGUGGUAUCAGCAGCUCAUUGCUUUAAUGGGGACAAAUCUGCCUAUCAUGUGAACCUAGGGGAAUAUCAGCUCCUGAACCCCUCUGAAAGUCUGGUAUCUUUUCCCAUCAAGGAGAUUUACCGCCACCCCAGCUACACGGAUAUCGGGUCCAGCGGUGACAUCGCGCUGGUGGAGCUGGAAACCCCUGUGAUCUUCAACAGUGUUAUCUGCCCCAUCUCCCUUCCGGCCUCCUCUGUGGAGUUCCCCACAGGCAUGGAGUGCUGGGUGACCGGCUGGGGUGACACUCAGUACGGAGGGAGCCUGACAGCUCCCAAAACCCUGCAAGAGCUGCAGGUGCCCCUGAUAGACAGAGACGCCUGUAACAGCCUCUUCAACACCGGCUCAUACCCAGACGACCCUCCGGGGACCGAUCCCAUCAAGCAGGAUAUGAUCUGCGCAGGGUACCCGCAAGGGGAGAAAGAUGCGUGUCAGGGUGACUCUGGGGGACCCUUGGUCUGCGAAUGGGACAGCGCGUGGCUCUUGGCCGGGGUGGUGAGCUGGGGCGUGGCGUGCGCGCGGCCCAACCGCCCGGGGGUCUACAUCCUGCUGCCCCCCUACGCCGACUGGAUCCAGAGCUACGUCCCCACCGUACCCUUCACCAGGGAGAAGCCAGGCAGGUACAACAGCUCCUGA